AUGGCGCCGUUCGCCCUCGACGUGCGCUACGGGCCGCGGAAGUUUCGAAUCGCGUGCCGCGGGCCGACGACCGUCGCGCGAGCGAGACGCGCCGUAUGCCGCCGCGCACGCGUGGAGGCGGCAACGCUGCGGACAGCGGAGCGCGCCCUCGACGACGCCGAAGUCCUUGACGGUGAAACGAUGCUCGAGCUCGUGGAAGCGUUGCAGCCUUACCGCGUCGCCUACGCGCUCGUUUUUGUUAGGGCAGCGCCAGACGCUUCGGCGACGGUCGUGGGCCGCCGCCUCCAAGGAGAUCUCGUGCGCGCCGCGCCCGCCGCGGACAACUGGGUCCAAGUCGACGGCGGCUUCAUGAUGCUUGAAAAGCCGGGCCUCGGCCGCCUGCUCGAGCCGCUGGCCGCCGACGAGUUCGCGGCGGCGUCGGCUGCGGCCGACGCGCAGACGGCGGCCACGCGGCGCGAGACGGAGGUAUUAGUCGAGCGCGCCUGCGCCGCGGCGCUGGCGACCGCGGCGCCCGGCGCCGACGAGGGCACGCUCCGCGCGCGAAUCCGGGCCGACGUCCUGCGACGGACCGCCGCGGCCGAAAUGACGCGCACCCAUCACCUGGCUUCGCGCGCGAUCGUCGGCGCGCCCGCGGGCAGCUCUGCAUGCGCCGAGGCGGAUGCGUUCGUCGUGUCGUCGCGCCUCGUUGACGGGUUGCUCGCGAAAGGCUAUGUUGUCGUGGAGGACGUCUUGGAUGCUGACACCGCGCGCGCCGCGCGCCAGGAAGCGGAGAGCCUCGGCAUCCAAUUGAAGCCGACGCUCCAGGCGCUGACGGGCACGCGGUCCGACCGUGUCGGGUGGUUCGGCGCCGAUGAGUUAGCGGCGAACGGCUGCCCGACGCUCGCGCGCCUGGCGCGGCUCCAGCGCGGCGUCGCGGCGGCGAUCAACGCCGACGGCCGGUGGCGCGAGACGCUGACGGUGCCCGCGUCGUCGAUGCUCAGUUGCUACGGGGCGGGCGGCAGGUAUCGGAAGCAUACGGACAACUCGCGCGGCGCCGACGGCGUCUGCGGCAACGCGCGGGCGCUCACGUGCAUCUGUUAUCUGAAUCUCGACUGGGCGGCCGAGGACGGCGGAGCGCUCCGCAUCUACGACGAGAGCGGCGGCGACACCGUGGAAAUAACGCCUGCGGCCGGCCGCGUCGUCGUCUUCGAUUCGUUCCUUGAGCACGAGGUCCUCGAAGCGCGGCGCGACCGUUACGCGCUGACGUUCUGGAUUUUUGCCGAGCGUUAA